ACUGUUAUCCUUUCCGCUGCCUGUAACCUCGUCUCCUCCGAAGUGUUCAUCCCUGUUUCAGAAAUGGCUGCCGUGGAUUCGGAGCUACAGGGCCCAGAAAUGGAAGAUGCAGAUACACCAGACAGGAGUGUACCUGAGGAGAAUGGAGAAGUCUCUGAGGAGGAAGAAGAGCAACAACCUCAGAUCAAGCACAGUAAACACAAGAAGAAGAAACACAAACAUAGGAAUAAACACAAGAAACACAAACACUCUUCUGAAGAGGACAAGGACAAAGAUAAAAAACACAAACAUAAACACAAACACAAGAAGCAUAAGCGGAAAGAGACUGUAGACCCUGAGAAGGAUGAAAUUUCACCUUCAAAGCGGGCAAGAAUGGAAGAUCUUGCCUUGUUGGAAGACUUGGAAAAGCAAAGAGCUUUAAUUAAAGCUGAACUUGACAAUGAGUUGAUGGAAGGCAAAGUGCAUUCUGGCAUGGGCUUAAUAUUGCAAGGUUAUAACUCUGGAUCUGAGGAAGGAGAAAUUAAUGAAAGAAAUCGUAAUGGGAAAAGAACAUCUUCCAAAACAACUACAAAGGGGAAACAGGAGCUUGCUUCCAAAUCAAGUUCCAAAAGAAGAAGCAGGAGUAAGUCUAAAGAGAAGGUGAGACAUAAAUCAGAAAAGAAAAAAACUAAAGCCAACUCUGAAACUACUAAAGAGAAAGUACCUAGAAGCAAAUCAAAAGAGCGAAGAAAAUCAAAAAGCCCAGCUAAAAGAAACAAAUCUGAAGAUCAAUCAAAGAAGUCACCAGCACUGAGGAGACAGUCGCCCGAAAAAAACAUAAAAUCAAAGUCUCCACCAGAGGAGAAGGUUAAAUCAAAAGAUAGGAAAAAAUCUCCAACAGCUGUUGACAGUAGAAGUAGAGAUAAAAGCAGGAAAUCUCGAUCGCCUAUACUUAUAAGAAGUAAAUCCAAAGAAAGGCGAUCAAAGUCUAAAGAACGGAAACUUAGGAGGUCUGAUGGUGAAAGAGAGAAGAAGCCACUUAAAUCUCCAUCAAAAGAUGCUUCUUCUGGAAAAGAAAACCGCUCACCAGGUCGAAGGCCAGCCCGCAGUCCAAAGGCUAGAAGCCUAUCUCCUAAAGCACGUGAUAGAACUUUAAGGCAUAGCAGAUCUCCACCUCUUCUUCAUGAUCGAAAAACAAAACCAACAUCACCAAGGCCUCUCUCCCCCACACGGAGAGCAAAGAGCAAAUCACCUGAAAGAAAAAGAAGGGAACCAGAGAGAAAAAGAUUAUCAUCUCCAAGGACAAGGUCGCGAGAUGAUGCUGUUUCAAGACAUGACAGACCAAAAGAAGCCAGUCCCCCUCGAUGGUCUCCUUCUAGAAGACGACCAAGUAGAUCUCCUCUCCGUAGAAGGUCCCGAUCACCCCUAAGGCGCAGUAGAUCACCUAGGAGAAGGAGUAGAUCCCUUCACAGACGAGACAGAGGCCGAAGAAGUCGAUCUCGUCUGAGGAGAAGGUCACAUUCCCGGGGAGGACGUGGUCGCCGAAGGAGAAGCAGGACUAAAGAUGAAGACAAAUUUAAAGGAAGCCUUUCUGAGGGAAUGAAAAUUGAGCAAGAAUCUUCGGAUGAUAACCUUGAGGAUUUUGAUGUGGAGGAGGAAGAUGAAGAGGCACUUAUUGAGCAAAGACGACAACAGAGACUUGCCAUUGUACAGAAAUACAAGUACCUAAAUGAUGAUAGCAAUCAGUCAGUGCCGUCAGAGCCCAGCAGUCCUCAAAGCAGUGCACGAAGCCGUUCUGCAUCUCCAGACGAUAUACUUGAACGAGUUGCUGCAGAUGUUAAGGAAUAUGAGAGAGAGAACCUUGACACCUUUGAGGCUUCUGUAAAAGCCAAGCACAAACUUGUGUCCGAACAGAAUAAUGGCUCAGCACAGAAGAAAGUAUUGGCCCCUGACAUGUUUACAGAAUCUGAUGAUAUGUUUGCAGCAUACUUUGAUAGUGCCCGUUUCAGGGCUGCUGGCAUUGGAAAAGAUUUCAAAGAAAAUCCUAAUUUAAGAGAUAACUGGACUGAUGCUGAAGGCUAUUAUCGUGUGAAUAUUGGUGAAAUAUUGGAAAAACGUUAUAAUGUGUAUGGCUACACAGGGCAAGGGGUCUUCAGUAAUGUGGUACGUGCGCGAGAUAUGGCUAGGGCUAAUCAAGAAGUUGCUGUCAAAAUCAUCAGAAACAACGAACUAAUGCAAAAAACUGGCUUGAAAGAAUUGGAAUUUCUUAAGAAACUAAACGAUGCAGAUCCAGAUGACAAGUUCCAUUGUUUGCGAUUGUUUAGGCACUUCUACCACAAACAGCACUUGUGCUUAGUGUUUGAGCCUCUAAGUAUGAAUUUGCGGGAAGUUUUGAAAAAGUAUGGAAAAGAUGUUGGUCUACAUAUUAAAGCUGUCAGGUCCUACAGCCAGCAGCUCUUUCUAGCGUUAAAACUUCUAAAAAGGUGCAAUAUCCUUCAUGCAGAUAUUAAGCCUGAUAAUAUUCUGGUGAAUGAAUCCAAAACUAUUCUGAAACUUUGUGACUUUGGAUCAGCAUCACACGUUGCUGAUAAUGACAUUACACCUUAUCUUGUCAGUAGAUUUUAUCGAGCACCUGAAAUCAUUAUUGGAAAAAUCUAUGAUUAUGGAAUAGACAUGUGGUCAGUGGGUUGCACCUUAUAUGAACUUUAUACUGGAAAGAUUUUGUUUGCCGGCAAAACUAAUAAUCACAUGAUAAAACUAGCCAUGGAUUUAAAAGGAAAAAUGCCAAAUAAGAUGAUUCGGAAAGGAGUUUUUAAGGAUCAACACUUUGAUUCUAAUUUAAACUUCAUGUACAUUGAAGUGGAUAAAGUAACAGAACGGGAAAAAGUUACUGUGAUGAGCACGAUCAACCCAACAAAGGAUCUUUUAGCGGAUUUAAUUGGAUGCCAGAGACUUCCAGAAGAGCAACGUAAAAAAGUACACCAACUCAAAGACUUGUUGGAUCAGAUUCUCAUGUUAGAUCCAGCUAAACGGAUAAGCAUCAAUCAAGCUCUCCAGCACCCAUUUAUCCAGGAAAAGAUAUGAAUCAAGCAAAUGGUUUGCAUAAAUCGCACACCAGGACUGAAGACCUUUUCACAGCAGAUUGUUAAUGUAUAUAAUCACAUAAAUAUUUCCUUGCAAAGUUGAGGAAGCAUGAUAUGUUUGAAUUAACACCUAAGAUUAUUUUUUUUCCUUUUGAAGAAAAAAAAAAUGUCUGGGCAUAUCUGUUACUUGUACAACUUUUUCACAGUAUAAAUGAUUUUAAUUUGACAAACCAGGAAAAAAUACAGUUCUAGAUCUGUUUUUUUGCUUUGAAAAUUAUGUUUGGGGGAAAAAGUUGCAGUUUAGUGCUUGGAUGUUGAUAUUUUAUUUUUAGCAGGCAUGAUUUGUAUAAAUAUAGAUAUAUUUUUUUCGUCUUUGAGAAAAAACUUGACCAGCAUAAAUGCUGUUUAUAUUCACAUUUUCCUAGGUUGUGUGCGCAGGCCUCAGCAGCAUACCCUUGGUCUAGUCAGUGCCGAAGGGGGAUCUAUUCCUUCUUGAGCCUGCCUGCAGGGAUGGUCUCCUCUUUUAAAGCAGGUUGUGUACAACUUUCAGUACACUGAAGGUAAGCUUAAACCAUCAACAUCAUUGGUAUUUUAAGAUAUUUAUGUAUAUAGAAAUAUAUAUUUUGUCAACAAAUUAAAUAUGGUAGCUAAAGACACAUUCUAGGAAAACUGAAAUGCACAUUAGUAAAAUUUGAUUAAAAGCCUUUUUGCAUUUGUAUUCUAUUAAGUAAAAAUACUUACAGAAAACACUACUAUCUGUUGUAGGGAUUAGGUUUUACUUUGCAUGAUACUUGCAGACUUGUAUAGCCAUUGGUCAUCUGUGCCUGUAUGGUCUGCACUUCCUCAGUCUGCUUGAAACACGUUGUGCAUUGGAACCAUUUAAAUAUGCUCCACCUUCUGUAGACACUGACCAUGUGCAAAGUGUUAUAGUGAUUGCACACAGCUUAUGGCCAUACGCUCUGGAGGUCAGAUGCACAGCAAAAGCUAUCACGACAACAACUAUAGCUUUUUCUUUUUUUUUUUUUUUUUUUUUUGUGUUAUUUUUUCAUUUUUGCUUAAUAGAAGAUUUAUCCAGAAAUGCUUCAAAUUGAAACUGAAAUGUGCUGAUGUGCAUUUUAUUUCCCCUAGAAUGUCCCUUUUUAAUUUGCCAGCAUAAUUUCCCUGCAUGUUUCACAUGUGAACUACUGUGCUUUUUUGUUGUUAUAUUUUAAUUUAGACAAUAUCUGUGAACGUUUCAGUCCACACUUUUGCUCCAUUCCUUUAAUAUGGAGUAUAUGCGCACUUGGAUGGAAGGAGAGCGCCUUCAGUGUACUGUUUCUUAAUAUUUUUUUUUUUAAUUUUAAAUCUUGCUUCAUAUUGAAAAUAGUCAUCUGUAAAAUAGAAAUCCUGUACUUUCCAAAAAAAAUGUUACAUUUAAAAUGAAUGUGGGGAGAAACAUCUUGUUUAUAACUUUGUUGAUAAAUUUGCUUCUUUUUUUUUAAUAAAAAAUAAUAAUAAAUCUUUAUGUAUUGAAAUGUGUCUGUGUGUAACUGCAGUCAAUACCAGAGAAACCAUCCUUGCAUAAAUAACAGUUAUUAAAUGGAAUUCUAUUUGGUACUGACUGGAGAUGCUGGUGUUUAAUUUGUUCAUUGUUUUCAUUACUUGUGAUCAUAUUGUCUUUCAAUACAGGCUUACACUCUCCACUCUUGAACAAAAGCAGCUGCUUUUUAAAAGCGGUAAUUGCUUCUUUACCUUUUUAUUUCUUUUGUAAAUGAAGCUAUACUUUAAAAAUGUCUUUAAAAUGUUAUUUUGCAUAAAAAGUUGACUCUCACUUAUUGUAAAGUGAAGAUUGUUCUUCUGCAUGUAGGUUGAAUCAUGCAGAUAUCUGUCUGUUUUCAAUAUGCAUCAUUAGAUAAUAAAGUCUUUUGUGAACAAAGAAUCUGUAGCAAUUUGUAAGAGAGAUUGUUUUUAUUGCUUCUCAGAAUUGCUGUCUGGGUAUCCUACGAAUGGUUGAAAGUCCACUUUAACUUUCUAUAGAAAGUUCAUAUUUAGUAAUAACAUACCAUAUAACAAUAGUUAAGAUUCAUGCAUAGUGAUUUGAAAUACUAGAUACCCAAUAAAAAACGUACAAUACAAGAGCCUAUUAUUCAGAGUAGUGUGAUUAUUUUGAUGGAUUUGGCGUUGACUAAUGUUUGUGCUGUUUUCUUACUUUUCGUCUUGAUGGUGCUGAAAGAAAAAAAGGAAAGCAAGACACAUGCCUCCCAACGUCUGGUUUGCUGAGACACCAUCUUCACCUUCCUUAAAAGGUCAUUCUUGACAGCAUGUGUAGAUAAGCAUUUAGCACAAAUUAAAAAUGAAAUGGAUUUACCCACAGCGGUUGUGAAAAAAAAAACCUUAUAUAUUUUCUGCUUCAAGUCACACUAUUAAUAACAAAACACUUUUUCUAAUUUAUAUUUUUUCUAUCUGUGUGUGAGCUAAUUGCUGUGGGUUUCCAUUGGCGUUUUUAUUAUUAUUUACUUGGCUUAUUAGUGAACUACCCAGAAAAAACAGACCAGCAUGCAGUUCCACUUAAUGAACAUUGUCAAUUCAUAUUAAAGCAUAAUCACUUUAAAAGGCAGGUGUUACUGUUUGUUCUUUUUCCCUAUUGAGAGCUUUAAAUUGAUCUUAUGAAUUCAGCAGACAUUUGCAUUUAUUUGUGAAAUUGAUACCUAAGUCGGAAGUCUGUAGGUAAAAAUUUUUUUGAGAUUUAUUCAUGUUAGCAAUGUACCACAUACAUCUAAGCCAAUGGUAACCAUAGACAUAGACCAGGGACAGAAGUCAGCAUAAUGCUUCAAAUAGUGUGCUAAAAAGAUCAUGUUGCUGGUUUACCUGUUUCUUUGUGUUUUAGAUGCAGUUUGAAGAAUGAAGACAUGAAGAAGACAUACCAACGUUUAUAUUAAAUGAGAGAGAUUAUGAAUGUGCAGCUUGAGUAAUAUGACUGCUUAAGAUGAAAUCAUUUGGAAUCCUUGCUGAAAAAUACUGGAUUUGUGUAAAGCGAUUAAGUUUCUAACCGCUCUGUUCUCUAUUGCCAUGAAUGGAUCAACAUGAAUAAAGUGUAUAUUUUAGAUUU